CAAACGGAAACUAUCGACUUGAUUCCGGCGAAAUUACCACCUGUGCGGAGUAGAAGCAGGACCCCCAAAGAGAAUUCAGUGAGGACAGCAGGAUUUGUUUUACAUUUUUCCGGCGCAUUCUUCCUGUUGCCUGUGUUUGGAUUUGACAGGUUUUUUUUUACGAGAAGCACGUCUGGAAAGCGAAAACGUUGAACACAAAAAUGGAAAUAGAGAAGGAGCUAAAGAAGGUGACGCUUGGCCAUGAGUUUGGUGCUGGAGCCGCCUGUUUGAAAUGCAAGGACAAGUGUGAGGGCUUUGAGCUGCAUUUCUGGAGAAAGAUAUGCCGAAACUGCAAAUGUGGCAUCACAGAGCAUGAUGUGGCGAUGAACUCAGAGGAGAACAAGAAGGUGGGCAAGCUGUUUGAGGACACCAAGUACACCGGGCUCAUCGCCAAGCUGAAGACGGAUGGGAUCCCCAGCUACCAGGGCAACAUGGUGACCAUCACUUUGCCCAGCCCUGCCACUGCUUACACGGUAUCACCCAGUGCGACCUCUACUGUUGUUCCCCCUUCUGCCAGAGCCGGCUCUGUGUCCCCGUCUGCCGCAGCUGGUUCUGUGUCCCCGUCUGCCGCAGCUGGUUCUGUGUCCCCGUCUGCCACAGCUGGUUCUCUGUCCCCGUCUGCCACAGCUGGUUCUCUGUCCCCGUCUGCCACAGCUGGUUCUGUACCCUCAGCUGGAGCCUCUGCAGGUUCGGCAGCCACUGGGGUUCAGGGUCAGGCUCGGGUUCAGCCUGUACCAGCCAGUGCCACACCAGUCAGGGCUAGCAAAGUGCCAGUCACUGUCAGUGCCACAUCAGCCAACGUAGUGCCAGUUCCUAAAGAUGUACCAAUGAAGACUGUCACCUAUGAGUGGGCACCACCAGUGGCUAACAAGUACCUGGCUGUGCGUUAUAUUGAGUUGCUCCCACCAGAAAAACGCCCAGUGGCUGGUACAGAGGGAGCUGCUUACCGUCGGCAGCAGAUGGCCCGACAGCUGCCUGAACACGACCAGGACCCGUCCAGGUGUCAUGAGCUGAGCCCUGCUGAGGUCAAGCAGAUGCAGCAAUUCGUUCGCAAGUACAAGGAUGAAGCCCUGGGGGUUGGAGAUGUCAUGCUGCCUGAAGAGAUGGCUCUGGUUCAGGCAGGAGGGCUGGGUGGAUCUGGUAUUGGGGUUGGAGGGGCACCUAGUGCAGGAGGGGCUGAGUUUGGACCUAGAGGUGGUGCUGCUGCUGGGAGUAUUGGUGGAGGUGGAGGUGCUGGCUAUAAACCAGAGGCUGGGGUUGCUGGAGUUGGAUUUGGUUCAGGGCCUGGAGCUGCAGGACCUGGUGUUGGGGCUGGAGGUGGUGGUGGUUUUGGACCUGCAGCUGGUGGAGUUGGAGCUGGUGGUGGUUUUGGACCUGCAGCUGGUGGAGUUGGAGCUGGUAGUGGCUUGGGACCUGCAGCUGGUGGAGUUGGAGCUGGUGGUGGUUUGGGACCUGCAGCUGGUGGAGUUGGAGCUGGUGGUGGUUUUGGACCUGCAGCUGGUGGAGUUAGAGCUGGUGGUGGACCACUUUCAGGGCCUGGCGUUGGACCAUCUGCAGGCUUUGGGCCAGCUGGAGGAGCCAUGGGUACUACUGCCACCGCUGGAGCCAUGAGCGUCCCUGGAGUUCAGCAAGCUGGACUACCACAACAGAACUUUUCAUGCCAUCAGUGCCAGCAGCCCAUGCGUAAGGGUGAGCCAGCUGUCUAUGCUGAGCGGGCCGGUUAUGACAAGAUGUGGCACCCAGCAUGCUUUGUCUGCUGCACCUGUAACGAACUGCUGGUGGACAUGAUCUACUUCUGGAAGAAAGGCAAGAUGUACUGUGGACGGCACUAUGGAGACAGCGAGAAGCCACGAUGUGGAGGCUGUGAUGAGCUGAUCUUCAGUAAUGAGUACACUCAGGCUGAGGGCCAGAACUGGCAUCUGAAGCAUUUCUGCUGUUUUGAAUGUGACUGCAUUCUGGCUGGAGAGACGUAUGUUAUGGAGAAUGACAAGCCUGUCUGCAAGCCCUGCUACAUGAAGAACUAUGCUGUGAAAUGCUCAUCCUGCCAGAAUGCAGUGGAGCCUGAGGCCCAGAGGGUUUCCUAUGGUGAUUAUCACUGGCAUGCCGAGCCACAGUGCUUCAAGUGCUCCGGCUGCUCCAAAUGCCUGAUUGGCCAGCGCUUCAUGGCAGUGAAGAACUUCCUGUGCUGCUCUGUGGAGUGCAAGAAGAAAAUCAUGGCUUAAAGGGCCAAGACAAGUCCCUCAUCUUCUUCAUGAUCACUUGCGAAACCAGGAAUCGUGCAGAGAGAACACUGGUACAGCUACGACGAGCAAUAGUCUGUUAUGGUUCAUUUAACAGAAAUAGUGCCUGAUCUCUGUAGUAUGAAGAUCUACUGUAACAGUGAAACCGUUUGAAUUCGGGUACUUAUUGUAAGUCCAGGAAGAUCGCAGCACUGAUGUAUCUUGUAGUCUCAGAUAGUUUAAAAAAAGGGGGUUUCCACUUUUUUUCCAGCCUUAAAUUUCUUGUUUGCUUUUCUUGCACUGUUAUUAUUUACAGAUGAGAUUUUUUUUUCUUCUUGUUAAACCUAUGACCACUAACCUAUUGCUGUUUUUUGUUUUUUUGUUUUUUUGUUGUUGUUUUUUGCUACCUUUUUACUACUUUAUAUAAAAACUACUGACAUUCCCUUUCCGUGCAGCAAUGUUACUGUCAGUGUUAGCCAGAUUUGAGGCUGGUUGAAAGUAAAUAAUCAAAUGUAAUAUCAAACUUGCAGUCUGUAGCUAAAUUAAAGUUUUGAUGAAUUAAAUUUGUGCUUUCAAUGAGACAUUAAAAAUAAAUUCCUCCAUCUCUGUCAACAAA